AUGACAGGAGAUGCCAGCUGCUCCUGUCCGCUCGCGACCUUGCAGACCUGCUCUGACCAGUACAACCAGCCGUUCCUAGCUCACCCUCACGAGUUCCAAACCAGUGAUAAUUUGGGACAAUUUCAUCACUUCAUUUCUUGCCCCAAAGCCUCCUUGGACGAAACGGCAGCUUUGAACAACAACCACUUGCCAACGUCCAUCGUCGCGGUUGCGGAAUGGUCAGAAGUCAACAUGGAGAUGGUCAACCGAAUCGAUCAAUCCGAAGCUGGCUAUCUUGAGUUCGUAUAUCCCUGCUGUAAAACCUCUUGGCCACAAAGCACGAGGCCGUCUAAUGGGAUCCAACCGCGCGAUCCUCCCUCUCCGGGCCCCUCGCCCUCCCCAAGAUACAGAUCCCACGACUCGUAUCUAGCCACUACCACCAAACAACAUUCACAAUGCUCCAAGAGCCGAAAUCACGGCCACCAACGCCUGUACCGCGACUUCACAAAUGCAUCCAUGCCCCCCGAGUGUUCAGACAAGGCAGGUGCACGCCGCUUUAUACACAACAAAGUAGAGCGGAAGUAUCGCGAGGGCAUCAAUGCCGAGAUGAAGCGGUUGCAGCGCGCAGUUCCGACGAUGCAGCCGCGGGCGAAGAAGGACGAUGAGACAUCGGAGACAUUUCGGCCGAGCAAAGCUAUGAUCCUGACCGGCGCUAUCGACUACAUCAAGAAACUCGAAUGUGAAAGAGACGCCGCGCUUGAGGAGCUAGACAACUGGAGAAAUGAAUCACUCUUUAGUGUAUGGAGGAGAAGUAGUCAUUGUAAGGUAGGUUGA